CAGGACAGGAACACAGAACAGAACCAGGACAGGAACACAGAACAGAACCAGCACUGGAACAUAGAACAGAACCAGGACUGGAACAUAGAACAGAACCAGGACUGGAACGUAGAACAGAACCGGACCAGGACACUGGUGUCUUUGUUAAAUCCUUUCCGUCCGUUCGUUUGCGCCCUCGUUCUCCGUCUGUUCCUCAAAUUAAAGCUGCAGGAGUCCAACCCAGGACCCAGCUGUCACUCACAUAUUUAACCCCUCCCUCCCUGUCUGACCACACCCUCUCCGCUUUGGUUGUUAACGCCCUGGCUCUUUACCGCUCUGUUCUGGGGUUCAAACUUUGGCGUUGGUGAGCCGCUCUCUGUGUUCUGAUUGGUCGUUUCCUCCGCAGACAUGAACCAUAGCGCCAUGGACCACAGCGCCAUGGACCACAGCCACCAUCACACCAUGACUCCGCCCCCCACCAUCGGACACAACCACGGAGGAGAAGGAGGAGGAGGAGGAGGGCAUGAUGGGAACCACAGCGGUCACAUGAUGGCGAUGACCUUCUACUUUGGGUACCACAACGUGGAGCUGCUGUUCAAGGGACUGUUGAUCAACUCAGCUGGAGAGAUGGCCGGUGCCUGUAUCGGUGUGUUCCUAUUGGCCAUGCUGUAUGAGGGGCUGAAGAUCGGUCGGGAGGUUCUGUUGCGCCGCAGUCAGGUCAACGUGCGCUACAACUCCAUGCCCCUCCCAGGGGCUGAUGGGACGGUGCUCAUGGAAACGCACAAGACCGUCGGUUUAAUGAGUGACAGGCACAGUUUGGAGGGGGCGGAGCCUCCUGGAAGAAAGCCCCGCCUCUUGAGAGCCUCAGUCAGGCAGCGGAUGCUAAGCCCCGCCCACUUCCUGCAGACCCUGUUACACAUCAUUCAGGUGGUCGUCAGCUACUUCCUGAUGCUCGUCUUCAUGACCUACAACGGUUACCUGUGCAUCGCCGUGGCGGCUGGCGCUGGAAUGGGUUACUUCCUGUUCAGCUGGCGAAAGGCAGUAGUGGUCGACAUCACUGAACACUGCCAUUAGCCGCAUGCUACGCUAGUUAGCGGCACACGGUCUGAUUUUUGCUGAUCACAAUCACCAAAUGUUAACAAACCAUCACUCUAUGUUAGCAUGUUAGCAACAUGCUAACAGAAACCCAACAAGUAAAAGAUACAGAACACUAUGUGGUAACCAUGGGAACACACUAACUUCUGUAGUUAGCUGCUAACAGUCAUGAUCAAUCGUCCAUGAAAAUCACGUAGUUUUGUUUUUUUUCUGCGUUUUGUGGUCAAGCGGCCAAUCAGAACGCAGAUCUCCUCGGAUCCUUCUGACUGGCCAAAACACCCUUUUCGGUGCCAUGACAGCUGGAAGAUUAGUGCUAGCGCUACUAGCCAAAAUGUUUGCCUACAUAGCUUACAUAUACACUUUUAAGUUAGCAUCAUUAGCGCUCGAAUGAGCCAAUCAGAGAGCAGUAUUUACCAGUUAUUUGUUUAAGUAGAAUAUAAUUUAUUAGGAAUUAGAUGUUUAACUUUAAUGUGAUUCAAUAAAAUAUCACUUUCCUCAGCCAAAAAAUAUUUUUAGUAAACAUUUAUUAAAUUUCUAUCAAUUCUUUAUUUUAAUAAAAUUCAGAUUCUUUGAUCAGUGAGUAAAAAUAAAAUAGUUUUUUCUGUUUACAUUCAAUCAGUUUUUGUCCAUUUCUUUCGUAAUAAACAAACCCAGUUUUGUAAUUUCCCUUUUUCCGCUCCGUUUUUUACAGACUUUAACUUUUUUUUUAUUUGAUUGAAAACAUGAAACAGAAUGUGUUCAGACUUUUCUGCGUCGUCGUUUUCACUGGAAAUGAAAACCACAUUGUGAAACUCGAGCCUCUUUCCUGAAUUAACAACCAAAAACAGAGUGUUUCCCGUUUUUCCAGUUGGCCUUAAAUGCGACACCUGCUGCCUUAUCAUGGCCGAUGAACGUAGCCUUCCACGACGCUCGGGUCUGUUCAUGUACGAAGCGGAAAAUACGCAAACCUGGACCGGAGACCUGGGAGAACGUCCUUUAUUAAAGUCUGCGAAAACUGACUCUAAAUACUACAGUACCCAUGAGCCUCAGCUACUGUCGCCACGGAGACCAGGCCUCAGACUGGUCGAACAGAAAAAGACAGAAGUGAUGUAAAAGACGUAAUGACACAAUUAUGUAAAAAAAAAAAAAAACGUGUUUCACCAACAGCCUGAAGGCCUGCGUGUGGACGGCUGUGGCUGAAAUGCAUCCUGGGAUUUGUAGUUGUGUAACUGACUCUGUUUGAGUGGCGUCCUGCUGACUUUCAGGCCAGUGGUUUCACUUCAGGAACGACUUGAAAACAUUCAUGUUUUUGCUUUUGUGUGUUAAAGGAAGAAAAGAACUCAAACUGAGCCGAUCUUCCGCUGACUCGGUCGUGUUUUUAUUUUUAAUCGGUUUGCACUGAGAGGUGGGCGGGGUUAAUGUACUGGACCAAUCAGGUUGCAGGGACAGACAGGCGGUUACUUGAUGUCGACUUUACAGACGCGGUGUCGGAUUCGAGCGGACAGGAACGGUUUCCUCUCAGUGUCGAUUGACUCGUCUCGUCUCCGUGGUCGUUUUUCUGAUGUUUGUAAGAAACGAAGUGAUCAAAUAUGUGUCUGUGAAGGAAACUUUUAGAUGAAUAUUCAAGUGUCUGAAAAUGUUUUAAUUGUUGCACAAAUGCUGGAAUCAUGAAAAAAAUAAAGUAUAUGAAGAAACGUG